AUGGCAUCCUCAUUACAGCACCUUGGUCGAGGCGCUCUCCGUGUAGCCAAGAACUACACCAAGGGAUAUACCGACACUCAGACAAAAGUCCGUGAUGCGACAUCAAACGAUCCGUGGGGACCCUCGGGUCAGCAAAUGAAUGAGAUCGCUCAAAUGACAUAUAACCAGAGCGAUUUCGUUGAAAUUAUGGAGAUGAUGGAUAAGAGAUUGAACGAUAAGGGUAAAAACUGGAGACAUGUUUUUAAAGCUUUGACAUUAUUGGAUUAUUGUCUACAUGCUGGAUCGGAGAACGUUGUGAUUUACUUUAAAGAUAACAUUUACGUAGUCAAGACUCUGAAAGAAUUCGUAUAUGUGGAUGAUACGGGUAAAGACGUAGGAGCGAAUGUACGACAAAAAGCAAAAGAUAUCACCAACUUGCUUCAGGAUGAUGCUAGAUUGAGGGAAGAGAGGAGAUCAAGAGGUGCGAUGAGAGAUAGGAUGUUGGGUAAUAUCGAGAACAGCGGUUUGAGGGGUCAUGAUGAUUAUGGUGAACCUCGAAGUCCAGCCAGAGAAACCCCUAGACCCAAACCGAAUAGAAACAGAAACGAAGAUGAUGAUUUACAAAAAGCGAUUGAAGAAUCCAAGAGGAUGUCAGAAGAUGAAGCUAAGCGUAGAUCCCAGCUUACAAAAGAAGAAGAUGAUCUGAGGAGAGCUUUGAGGUUGUCAGAAGAAGAUGAGGAAAAGAGAAAGAAGGAGCUGGACGCGAGUAAUCAGAAUGCUCUGUUUGAUGAUAGUCUGAACAUACAAUCGAAUAACGCUUAUCAACAACAACCUGAUCUAUUCGCUCAACAAACUCAACAAAUGCCUAUGAUGCCUACGGGUGGAUGGCCAUUGGUUGAUAUAGGAUAUGGUCAACAACAGCAAUUGCAACCUCAAUAUACCUCGUACAAUCCCUUCCACGCUCAAAUGAUGCAACAGCAACAACAGGAGGAAUACAUGAGACAACAGAUGGCAUUGCAGGAACAACAACGUCAACACGAAGAAUACAUGCGUCAACAGCAAUUCUUACAACAACAACAUACAUCUUUAUUCCCCCAGCCUACAGGCUACGGAUCCAACAACCCAUUCGCACCUGGUGGAGGUAUGCAAUCACAGCAAUCAUACUCGCCUGCACCUCAACAACAGCAGCAAUCUUCAUUCCUCCCUGUUCCUGUCGUCAGCCAACAACAACAACAAUCACCUCAGACUACUCAACAGCCUUUGGAACCUCAACCUACGGCUAAACCUUCGCCAUGGACCGCACCCGCUCCGAAAAGAGAUGAUGGCGAGCAUUCAGGCUUGGCUGCGUUGUUAGCGAAAGGCAGAGAAGAUGGUUUGGAUACUUUCGGAAAUGUUGGAAAUUUACGUAUUCCCGUUGGAUCUCAAUUCCACAAUUCCAACAGAAUGGCGGUCCAACAAACUGGUGCGCAAGGGUUUGGUGCGAACAACCCUUUCGGUCAAUUGCAAAGUCAGCAAACCAAUCAACAGCAACAACAACAGCCACAGCAAAGGAACGAUCAACCGUUCUUUUCCAUAUAG